UUUACAGCCCAAGCCCGCUUGAGCUGCUGUACCGCUCUUGUUUACAGAAGCUACCUGCCCACAACAACAACAAGCUUACGUUUGGGUCUGAUGGAGCAAAGGCAGUCAGCACAGCUCGGUACGGCAAGGCAACAAUGCGACCAGUGUGGAUACAGCACGGAGCGGACUGGAAAUUUGACACAGCACCAGAGAACACACACAGGAGAGAAACCCUUACAGUGCACUGUGUGUGACGAGGCAUUUGCACAGUCAUCAGAUCUUAUAAAACACCAGAGAACACACACAGGAAAGAAACCCUUCAAGUGCAGUGUGUGUGGGAAGGCAUUUGCAUGGCCAUCUGCUCUUCAGAUCCACCAGAGAACACACACAGGAGAGAAACCCUUUAAGUGCUCUGUGUGUGGGAAGGCAUUUCCACAGUCAUCAGAUCUUAAAAAACACAAGAGAACACACACAGGAGAGAAACCCUUCAAGUGCAAUGUGUGUGGGGAGGGAUUUUCUCAGUCAUAUAAUCUUAAAAGACACCAGAGAACACACACAGGAGAGAAACCCUUCAAGUGCAGUGUGUGUGGGAAGGCAUUUUCACAGUCAUCUCUUAUAAAACACCAGAGAACACACACAGGAGAGAAACCCUUCAAGUGCAGUGUGUGUGGGAAGGCAUUUGCACGUUCAUCAGAUCUUAAAAAACACCAGAGAACACACACGGGAGAUAAACUCUUCAAGUGCAGUGUGUGUGGAAAGGCAUUUGCACAGUCAUCAGAUCUUAAAAGACACCAGAGAACACACACAGGAGAGAAACUCUUCAAGUGCAUUCUGUGCGGGAAGGCGUUUUCAGAUUCUUCCAAUCUUCAAGUACACCAGAGAACUCACACAGGAGAGAAAUCCUUCAAGUGCACUCCGUGCGGGAAGGCAUUUGCACAGUCAGCACAUCUUCAAAGACACCAGAGAACACACAAGCAUCAGAAGAUCCACAAGGAGCGGAGUCUGAAAUCAGCUUGUGAAAGUCAAAGUGCUGCAAUGAGCCCAUCCCUUGUGAAACAAGAACCGGAAGAAAAUCCCAGCUUGGACACUUUUAAAGGUAUCAAGGUGAAAUAUGAAGAGGUGAAGUUGGAAUGUGAAGAAGUGAUGGUGAAGAGUGAAGAUGAAGAUUAAAUUCCAAAAUGGGACCUUCACAUGGAUGGAGGCAACGUGAAGCAGGAGGAGAAUUCUGACUGUGAGGCAGAGCGAAGCAACUCCCAGCAGUUUGUGGAAGUGGAGGUGUGGGUGGACUUCCUCCGAGACAACACGAAGUCAAAUGGAGACCCGGUAGAUGUUUAAGCCAGAGACAAUGUCGCUCCAAUAGAUGCACCUUUGUCACAGGCCUUUAAUGACAAGAAUGUGAAGUUGAACACUCAGUUCCUAGGUUCAACCUGCAGGGUAAGAGCGGCCAGUCUUUGUGGACCUGUGUGUUGGGUAGAUCUCUAACCAGGAGCGAGAGCCAAAAAGCUCCCAAGCAUUCACGAUGUUCUCAUAAUAAUUGAUUUUACAUGGUGCUGACUUAAUCCGCUCAGCAACUCGGAGUUUUGUAUCGUACCUCGUCUCAAACACUCGAAACAUCCCCAAGUGGCAGCUGCCCCUGUGUGGCACAAGAUGGUGGCCCUGCACCGGCCUGCGUGUGGACAAGAGCCUGUCAGUGGGGAGCGAUGAUUGAUGUGUCAUCUCAGCUGUGUCGUUUGUAGGUAAUGUUUAGAAUUUGCUACAUUUUUGACCCAGACGCCAGCAUGCAAAGGCCUACUCGUUUUGAAUUGCACAAUUGUGUGUUUCACAUCCACUGUUCAGUAGAGGGUGCAUUCUUUAAAUAGCUCCUUGUUAAUAAGAUGUUAUCUAAACUAAAUUGUUCAAUUUUGGAAGAACGUAAUCAACCAGGUAGGGUGUUGACUGUUGUGUUGGCCGACUCUGUGUUGUGUUGCAUUAUAUUUCUAAGUUCACUAUGUUUUCUCAUUCACUUGUUGCACCUGAUGAUGGUUGCUUGUAUUCCAAUCGAAACGUCGUAUUCUGUUAUUUAAUUUAUUUCUCCGUGACUUUACCGAUGCAGUAAGUUUCACUGCAGUUAUUCAAUUUUGUCAAUAUGCCUGUCAGUAGUUUAGAAUGAAUACUUGUCUGAUUGUGCGCGUACAUUGAACAUUUUGUCUGAGGGUCAAACAUCGAAUAAGUGAUGUUGGGGCAAAGUGUGUGUGUGUGUUUGUAAGUAGCCUGUAGAGAUUACUCAGGUUAGACCCGUUAUUCUUGUGAUACAGCUCAAAGGGUACUUUUGUGUUUCAAGGAAGUAUCUGCCUCUGGAGUAGGGAGCAUGCAAUAGGGAGCACGCUCGGAUCAUCCAACAGUUACAAGGCGUACCGCUUAAACGCUACACGUAGAGGAGAUACAUUCUCUACAACACGAAUUAUAAUUUUGUAUUACGUGUUGACAGAGACUUUGUCAAACUAGGACGAUAAAUGCUCCUUGUUGAUUCACGUCUGGAGGUUCAUAACCGUGGGUUGAAGCAAGCCCGGCUGCUGUUGAGACGCUGUUCACCAAUAAGGGUCCAUAGGUGGCUUGCACUGAAUCAAUGAUGCACUCCCAGAAGGCCGUGAUGGUUAUAGUUUAAAACAUUCCUUUCGUGGAGAGAUCGAUAAAUGAAAUAUGUAAAGUCUGAAUUCUUUUAUAGCAAGGAGGUAAUUUUAAGAGUACAUUUAAAAUGCAUUUUUUUUACAAUUUUGUGUUCAGUUACAAGGCAGAGCACAUCGAGUAGAUACAUUCUACCCAACGCUAAUUAGG